AUGAGGAGUCUACUCUUGGUCUUUGUGGUCCUUGUCUUGCUGCCCUAUGUUCCACCAGUUAGAAGUGGACCGAAUCAAUACAUUAGACAAAUCUUUUCUUCAUGCUGGCGAAUGAAAGGUUCUUGCAAGAUACAGUGUGCACCAAAUGAAAUAUAUCAUAUUUUCUGUGAUAGUGCAAACGUGUGCUGCAUAGAGAAAAAACAUCUGCCUAUUCUGGUCUCAUUUGAGCGGCGGCACGUGACAGCGCUUGCUGCUGCGUGGCUUCCCGUGUGCCGGAGCCCCUCCUCCCGGGUGACUGCUAGGCUGGGGGCCGGCCUGAGGGCCAGUGCUCCCUGCCCCAUGGCUUUCCGGACCCCGGGGGCCCUCCUUCUGGGCACCUGCGAGGCAGGGAGCCAGCCCAAAGACCGAGGUUCCCUGCCGCAUGGCUUCCUGUGUGCUGGAGCCCCUCCUACCGGGCACCUGCUCUGCUGGGGGCAGGCCUGA